UCAGCGCCCCCCAACUGCCGAGCUCGGCCAAGCCCCGACGGCUCCGGGACCAACGGAGCAUCGCGACCCCCGCGCCAAGCUCCACCCGAGCUCCCGCUCAGCGCCUGCCCCCAGCUCCCCGCAAUGCCUGGGGUUGGGCCGGGAGGGGGGACAAUAGGGGGGUCCCCAUACUUCCCUCCCUGAGAACCUUGGGGGCUUUGGCCCUUUUUCCCAGCAUGGACCCGAGCAGACCCCAACCCCCGGGGCUGUGUGGGAGAGAAGAGUGAUGCUAAUUAACUGAAAAUUAGAUCUGGCUAAUCAGCGAACCCAGUCUCUUUGUGCCCCCCGGGAAACGGGCAUCGAUCGGCUGCUGCAGGAUCAUAUUAACCCUUCCCUAGCCCUGAGCCCUUUACUCUGCAGAAAGGGGCUGUGCCUGCUAGGAGGGGUCCGGUCCGGGUCCUUCGCCCCCCUCCUCUACCCGAGGUCCCACUCCUGUGCCCGGUGGGCUCUCACCUUGGUGGCUUUCGUGCCACCUUCUGGGCGUGCGGUGCCACCUUCAGUGCGUGUCUGUUCCCGCUGAUAGCCGCAGCAUGGCACAGCCCCUGGGGUGCGUGGAGACGCGGGGCGGAGGGAGAGCGGCGUGGGCAGAGCCGCGAGAUGGGAUGGCUCCGAGCUUCGCUGCUGCCCCCGAGCCGCGGAUGGGGGCCCCUGGGGAGGCUGAGCUUCGGGGACAGAGCUCAUCCCCACCCCAGCAUGACAGGGACGGUGCUCUGGGUGCAGCUUGCUCCCAUGUCACCAUGCAGGUGCACAGAGUUUUGCUCACCUAGAGGCUCAGGGGAACACAGGGGCUGACACUUUGCUGUCCCUCCCGCAGCACAGGCUCCUUCCUUGCCUCCAGGACAGAUGGACACAACCUCAUCUGAGCCAGGUCUGGUGUUAUCUGAGUGUGUACGUGCAUGUGUGUGUAUUCACACGUGUGUAUCUGUGCCCAUGUGUGUACUACUCCAGUCCCCUCCCUCCUGGAGGCCAUGCUGCAGGGAAUGUCUGCUUGUGCCUCAGUUUCCCCAGCAGCACAGGGAUGUAGGAGCUGCCGGUGGGGACACUGAUGUCCCCUGCUUGCAGGAGCUGCCUGGCACAGGUCUGCAGUUCACAGAGCCAGUGCAGCAGCUUCUCCAUCCCAUGAGGUUUAGAGGCUGAACACAGCCUGUGCUGCCCUGCCCUGUGUCCAACUGAAGGGUGACAGCCCCUGGCCAGGCACAGUGGGGGCCCUGCAGGACGGAGCCAUGCUGGCACAGUGCUGCCAGGCACACGCUCCCGGCAAGCUGUUGUUUUGCAGGCAGGUGGUUAAAUGAGGCAGCAGCAGAUGUGGUGAGCCAUUAACAGGCUGUGCCGCUGUGAGGGCCCCUCGGCCCACAUGGCUCUUGCUCCCCAUUGCAGCAGGAAAGUGCACUUGUACUGUUUGCUCUGUUUGUGCUGUGCCUUGGGUCACCCACCUUGCUAGGCUGCAGAGCUGCUGGCUGGGCACAUCCAAGGGGCCAGGUGCUCUGUAUCCCGUCCCCUUCUGUCCCUGCUGCCCCCCACGAGGGUCUGGGGAGGGCUGGGAGCGCAGCACGCAGCUGAUGGGCAGCUCAUCUUCCAUCCCACCUCAGUGGAGCAGAGCCAGACGGGCAGCCUACCCUUGAGCUGCAGCCACAUCUGCCCACACUCAACAUCUGGAGACCCCAUUUAAUCCCACGCUCCUCUUUCACCCCCCGGCACCAGGCUGUGCUCAAGGAUGGAGCUCCUUAUCCCCCAUCCCCAUCCUCCUCCAGACACUCUGGAUUUGGCCCCUGUCCUCAAGUGCCCUCCCCGGCAUGAGAACACCCCCGGCUGUGGUGGCACCGUGCCGGGGCCGGGCACUCUGACGCAAAAGGGGCAGAUGGGCUGAGCACCCCCUGCUUGGCCACAGCCUCCCUAUCCUGCGGAGAGUCCCGGCCAACGCCACAGCCAUCCUGCCCUGCUGCACGCACUCCUGGCCUUUGUGCCCAUGCACUCCCUGUUCUCACAGAUCUUUCUUGCACCGAGCCGCCGGGUGCCACGCUGCCAGCAGUGGGGCUGGGAGCGAGCGUGAAAUGCUCGGCAGCCUCGUUGAAUUUGUGCUUCACUUAGCAGCUUAACACCAAAGCUGCAAUAACUCUGAUGCCAGCGCUAAUCCCAUCAGCUCAGACAGCUACUCGAUAACAGGGAACUGGCUAAUAUUCCCCUGUGUGGCUCCAGCCCGAGCAGGGCACGCCACUGCCACACACUGAAGGUCACAGCAUUGUUCGAUGUUGUCUCCUGGAGGGGUGGCCCAGCUGCCUAACAGACAGACUGAAAUCCCAUUCCUAUCUCAUUCUAUCCUCACCAUCCCACCUCUAUCCCUAUCUUCAUCUCAUUUCUGGUGCCCUGUGCCACUGCAAAGCCCUGCACGAGCCGUCGGGGUGGGCGAGGGGCCAGUGAGGGCCGGCACCGAGCACUCGUGCAGCGCACGCAGUGUCUUGGCUGCAAAGGCUGGGAAAAGGGCAGGCAGUUCCUGCCGGCAGCCCGAUGCCAUGGUGAUGGGAGGGCGAGGGCUGCCGCCGCCAUGAAUACCCAUGAGGUGGGGGAGCCGGGAGGCUGCACGCACUGUGCCCUGAAUGCAAAAGCCCCAGUGCGUCCCCGCAGCACAAAGAGCCGUGGCUGCGCACGGGGCCGGCGCGGUCCGACGGCAGCGAGCGGCAGCGACCCCACAUUGUGCCCGGGGCUCGCUGGAGCACGACGCCCUGGGACGUGGGGCUGGGGGCCGGGGUGGGAUGGGAUGGAUCGGGGCUGGAAGCCGUUCCCUUGGUAACGGCGGGUCCCAGUUUCCACCAAUCGAUGUGGCGGUGCGGGCUGGGGGGGCUCGUGGCCUACAUAAGCGCCCGUCGGGCACCGCGCGCCCCGGCAGAUGCGAAACGAUGGCGAGGCUGACGGGCACCCGGCCCCCAGCUGCCCGCCGCUGGGGCUGCGCUGCCACCGCUUUCCUCCUCCUCCUCCUCACCGUGCAAGCUGCCCAGAAAGCUGACCUUGGCGGCGAUGCCACUGCGGCCACCAUCAACCACUCACUGACGCUGCUGCAGAGGCUGCAGGAGCUGCUGCAGAAUGGCAACAGCAGCGACUCGGUGCUGCGGGUGCGCACGGCCGCCUCUGAUGAGGCCAAGGUCUUCCACACCCACCAGCUGCUGCUCAGCCUCCAGAGUGAGGUCUUCGAGGGGCUCCUGCGCAAUCAGAGUGUUGUCACCCUGCAUGAGCCGCCUGAAACUGCUGCGCUCUUUGAGAAGUUCAUCAGGUACCUGUACUGUGGAGGGGUGUCCCUCCUACUGCACCAAGCCAUUCCCCUGCACCAGCUGGCCAGCAAGUACCGGGUGGGGCUGCAGCGUGGCGUGGCCGACUACAUGAGGAGCCACCUGGCCAGCGAGUCGAGCCAGGGCCACGUGGUGGGCUGGUACCACUACGCUGCACGCAUCGGGGACACGGCGCUGCAGGAGAGCUGCCUGCAGUUCCUGGCCUGGAACCUGUCGUCCGUGCUCGGCAGCGCCGAGUGGGCUUCGGUCAGCGUGGAGCUGCUGCUGCUGCUGCUGGAGCGCUCCGACCUGGUGCUGCACAGCGAGCUGGAGCUCUACACCGCUGUGGAGGCCUGGCUGGCCCGGCGGCAGCCCGAGGACGCUGUGGCUGAGCGGGUGCUGCGUGCCAUCCGUUACCCCAUGAUCGCACCCAGCCAGCUGUUCCGGCUGCAGACGCAGUCAGUGGUGCUGGUGCGGCACUACAGCGCGGUGCAGGACCUGCUCUUCCAGGCCUUCCAGUUCCACGCCGCGUCCCCUCUGCACUUUGCCAAGUACUUCGACGUCAACUGCAGCAUGUUUCUGCCCCGCAACUACCUCGCACCCAGCUGGGGCUCCCAGUGGGUCAUCAACAACCCGGCACGGGAUGACCGCAGCACCAGCUUCCAGACCCAGCUUGGGCCCAGCAGCCACGACUCCGGCAAGCGGGUGACCUGGAACGUGCUCUUCUCUCCACGCUGGCUGCCCGUCAGCCUGCGCCCCGUCUACUCAGACUCGGUGUCCAGCGCCAUCCAACCGGUGCGCAUCGAGGACGGCCGCCCGCGCCUCGUUGUCACCCCGGCCACCAGCAGCCCCGACUUUGCUGGUGUCAGCUUCCAGAAGACGGUGCUGGUGGGUGUGCGGCAGCAGGGCCGCAUCUUUGUUAAGCAUGCCUACAGCUUCCACCAGAGCUCGGAUGAGACGGCUGACUUCCUUGCCCACGCCGACCUGCAGAAGCGCACCUCCGAGUACCUCAUCGACAACGCCCUGCACCUGCACAUCAUCAUCAAGCCUGUCUACCACUCCCUCAUCAAGGUGAAGAAGUAGUGGAGCUGUGGGCACGGGGCUCUGCCUCUUUGUCCCCUCUCUGUAGGUAGAUGGGGCCCCUCCGCUGCUUGCCUCUUCCUGCUGUCCCCACUGCCAUCCCUGGGUGCCUGCGGGGAGCACAGCGAAUGUGCAACCACGUGGCAUGGGGACACAGGGACGGCCCCUGCAGUGCCACCUCUGCACCGACGUGGCUGGAGCUUGGGGUGUGGUGGGAUGGGGGUCCAGCUGCCUCCCCCAGCAGAGGACACUUGUGGAGCACGGCGCCUUGUUCCUGCCUGGGUGUCUUUCACCUCCUUCCUAAUAAAAGCAGAAAAUGA